UUGUUAUUUCAAAGGGGAUCGAAACGAGUCAAGACUUGGAGAGAACUUUUUCAACCAGCCUUGCAUUGCUUUGGCAAAAGCCCUCCUUGGCAAGGUACCUCGGUUCUCUGCUCUGCUCAUCAAGUGUGGGUGUUGGUGCGGCGAUGUGCAGAUGGCAGCGAGUUACGUGGGAGGGUGGUGGAAACUGAGGCAUACCUUGGGGGCGAAGAUAAAGCCUCUCACUCAGCAGGCGGCAAACGUACAGAGAGGAACACAGCCUGUUUCAUGAAGCCAGGAACAAUCUAUGUUUAUUCCAUCUAUGGCAUGUACCUCUGCAUGAACGUAUCCAGUCAAGGGGAGGGCGCCGCAGUGCUCCUGCGCUCCCUAGAGCCCCUGCAGGGUCAGCCCGUCAUGAGGCAGCUGCGGGCGCAGGCAAGACGCAAGGCUACGGCCCGGCCCCUGAAGGAGAAGGAGCUGUGCAACGGCCCCGCCAAGCUGUGCCAGGCCCUGGACAUACCCCGCCUCUUCGACCGGCGGGACCUGGCCCGAGACCCCGACGUGUGGCUGGAGACGGAGAGCGAUGACCCGGGCUUCAAGGGGACGAAGACUGCGGAGGCUGGGGAUAGGGCGGUGGUGGUGGUGGUGGCUGCGUCCAGGGUCGGGAUAGAGUCCCACGGGGAGUGGGCGAAGAAACCUUUGCGCUUUUACCUCCUGGGAAACCAGUGUGUGAGCGUGGUGGACCGGGCGGCGGAAAGACUCGCUCUCGACGGGGGCCAUGAUGAAUGAUUUAGGCUAGGGGUGGGGAAGAGGGAGAAAGACAAUCAGCAGGGUUUCUCUCCACAAGUUAUGAAGGCAAGCUGUGGGCUUGAUUGGUUUGCCGCCUGUGCACCGUAAUGGAUUGUGCAGUCGGAUGCCACGUGGUUCGGAACUUUGUAUUUUCUCCCGGGAGAAAUACAUCAUUUUGUACAACUUGGGAGGAUGCAGAUUCAUUCUAUUUUUGGGUUAUUUGUAUACAAAUCAAUCCCGACACAUCUGAACUGUUGUCCGUUAGAGAACUUCAAAGACGAAUAUUCAAGUGUUUUGUAUGUACAUAUCAAUAUAUAAAAUACAAUGUACAAAUGUAAAAACGUUAUGUGGUCUAUGUUAAUAGAAAGCUUCAUUCAGAAAAGCGUUCAUAUUCAAUUUGCUUUCUAAUCUGUUUUUGCACUUGUAUUUGUUUUGUUAACAAAUUUAUUUCACAGAUGUUUUUUACUUACUCACUGCUCCCAAACGCUGCAGCAUCAUGUUUGAUGUGGAGCUUUUCUCUUCCUCUGCUUACCCCCACCCCUCCUGGGAUCGCUCUGGGAUGGCAGCUUUAGAGGCCCGGGAAAGAUCUUCACAAAAAGUGCCCCUGCGGUGUUCUUGUUACAACUAAACACUCAAACAUCUGCGUUUAGAUCCAGCCAAGUUUCAAAACACGAUUCAAGUAAUAUGUAUAAAAUAAUUUAUUCACGUCAACACAUUAAUAAUCUGUCGUUCCCCGGAGGGCAAAAGUUUUGACACAUUGUUGUGCGUAGUCGUCUCUCGUUGAUGGAGAUGUUCCAGAAGCAGAGCCUGCUGCCAGUGUGGCAGACCGGGUUCCCCUUCACGCUGUGGCCUCCGUGGGGGACUGGAAGAUGGACACGAUGGGGUCCUCGUGGUUGGUGACGACAAGCACGCUGCGGAAUUUGUCGAACAGCGUCUUGAGCUGCGAGCGGCGCAUGUUCUCGUUGUACAUGAUCUCCUCCAGAUGGUGGUGACCUCGAAAGUAGUGCAGCAGCCUUCGCUCCACAGAAAACACGUGACAGGAGGACACACGUCGGGUGGGGUUAGGGAAAGGUUUGCCUCGCCGAGGAAUUAAUUUGAACAGCCAACAGUGUCACUUUAAGGAUACGAUGACAAACUCAAAAUUCAACAUUUAAGACGAAGGGGGGGUCUCGUUAUACCAGUGGGGAACUGUUUAACUACCGUCAAACUCUAUAGCACACGGUGUAUAAAUACGAUUUGACACUACCUGGCUAUAGGCAGAUUUGUCCUAUGUACCUACAUUAGUUUUCAGCGGAAUCGACUUGGGCCCCGUUUACUCGAGGACGCUUGCGGGUAAAAACAACAAAAUAUUUCAUCUGAAGUGCCUUUCGUUUAGAAGGUGACGGCGUUUUUUGGGGCUUAAAAACGCAAAAAUCUGA